AUGGGAGAAGAUCAGAAAGAAUUUUUAAGGAAGGUUGCAAAUGUAUGUGAGCUUACACUUUACAGUUCAGAAAUGAACAAUAAAUUAUUGAAGAAUGCAAUUAGAGAAGCAUCUUCCGAUCAACUUUUGGCCCCUGUUUCUAUUUCAACUUAUCCACAAUUUAUCCCAUCUGUAAAACAUUCACUACCUGAAAAUAGUACUACUGCAUUAUCUACUGUUGUUGCAUGGCCUAGAGGUGAUGGCUGCUCAGAAGCUAUUGAUGCUGAAAUAUACAAUGCGGUUGAGUAUUACAAAGUACAUGAAAUCGAAUAUGUUGUUGACUAUAGGAGUUUUAUAUACCCAAUGUUGUACAAAUAUACGCAUCAAUUGUUAUUACAACAAAUGGAGAGAGUAAUAAAUGAAAUUGCACGUGUAAAAUCAUUGAUUGGCCCAAACAUAUUGCUAAAAGUAGUACUAGAAAUAGGCGAAAUUAAUGAGGCAUCUAGAUUAUCGUCUUUAGUUAGGUGUGCAAUUCUCGGUGGUGCCGAUUUUAUUGUAACAUGCACUGGGAAAGUUAAGGUAGGUUUAAACAGUGAAGACUUGAAACAAGUGCUCAAUGAAAUCAAGUCUUCCAUUGAAGGGGAGUCCCCCUGUGACAAGGAAAUUGCUGCUGGUGAUGAUGACGAAGUCUUGGAAAGACUGCAAGCUCACUAUGACGAAAGUUUUGUUAAGGGAACUAUUAUUUUUCCAAACAGAUUACGUUAUUUACAGAAGCGUACUGUUGGUAUCAAACUUCAAGGUGGUGUUAGUUCAUUAGAUACCGCUAGAGAAUUUAUCAAUCAAGUUGAGAAAGUUCUCGGUAAAGAAUAUAUCUCAUCACCAAAUACAUUUAGAAUUGGUUCUUCUACUCUUCACCCACUGAUCAUCCAAGAAUUGCUUGGAAUUGAUGAUGAAUUAAGGAUCAUUCAUACUUUAGGUAUAAAACCUAACAACAUUGAGCAAGUUAAUCAAGAAGAGAUUGAGUCGUCACCCAAAAAUGAAUUGACGGGUAUUUCCCAUCCGUCUGCUCCUAUUUCAUCAAACCAGACACAUGAAAUUGUUGGUUUAACAGAAACUAUCGAUAAUAACAAGGAUAUUAUUAAGGUAGAAGCUUUGAAUAAAGAUAAUGCUACUAUAUCAGAGGGAGACUUUGAAAACAACAAAUCAAAGAUUAUUUCUGUAGAGUAUCUUAUUAACUAG